UACAAGAGUGAGUGAUCCUGUUGUGGGCAGCUGGGAACAUUUCAACCAGACACAGCAUUUCAUGCACUGCCAGUGGACAUAUUCAUAGCUCAACCCUGACACCAAGUCUCUUUUCUUUCAGGAGCUGUGCCCUCUACUGCUCCAGCCAUGAGUCAGCCCUAUUCUUCUACAUCCUUUAAUAAAAAGGAUGGUGACUUGGCCUCGAGCUUUGACAAGUUUUUUAAAGAAUUCAAGCUGGAAAGCAAAAUCCUCUCUCAGGAAACCAUCAAGUUGAUUCAAUCACACCUGAAGGAGGGGGACCUUCAAAGAGCUGUUUCUGCUAUUAAUGAUGCAUUGAGAGACAUUGACAAUGCCCCACUGAGCAUUGCUGUGACUGGGGAGUCUGGGACAGGGAAGUCCACCUUCAUCAAUGCCUUGCGGGGAUUGGGGCAUGAGGACGAAUUGGCUGCUUCCACCGGGGAACUGGAGACAACCUUAGAGAGAACCCCAUACAGCCACCCAAAGUUUCCCAAUGUGACAUUAUGGGACCUGCCAGGCAUGGGCACCACUACCUUUCAACCACGGAAGUAUCUGGAGGAAAUGAAAUUUGGUGAGUAUGACUUCUUUAUUAUCAUCUCUGCUACACGCUUCAAACUCUAUGAUGCACAACUGGCUACAGCAAUUAGAAAAAUGAAGAAAAAUUUCUACUUUAUUCGAACUAAAGUGGACAGUGACUUACAUAGUCUAAAACUGAGUAAACCCACCACAUUCAAUGAGCAUGAAAUCCUGCAAAGGAUCCGCAACGACUGUGUGACACAGCUGCAGAGGGCCAAUGUGAAUGAUGCUCAGGUCUUCUUAAUUUCCAGUUUUGAGCUAUCUAGCUAUGAUUUCCAAAACCUGGAGACCACCCUUCUGAGGGAGCUCCCAGCCCACAAGCGCCACAUCUUCAUGAAAUGUCUGCCGAAUGUUACCGAGGCCGCCAUUGACCAGAAGAGGGAUUCCCUGAAACAGAAGGUCUGGCUGGAGGCUCUGAAGGCUGGAACAUCUGCUACCAUCCCUCUCAUGGGAUUAAUCAGUAACAAUGAUGUGGAGAAGCUGGAGGAGACUUUAACCCUUUACAGGUCUUACUUUGGGCUGGAUGACACAUCCCUGGAAACCAUGGCCAAGGACUUGAAUGUGUCAGUGGAGAAACUCAAGGCAAACCUUAUAUCUCCCCAUUUGUUAUCAGUUGAGAAGGAUGAAUCCUUAGGGAAAAAGCUGUUAGGAUAUGUGGAAAAAUUCUGCUCUAUUAGUGGAGGCCUCAUUGCCACUGGUGUUUACUUUAGGAAGAUUUUCUAUUUGCAAAAUUAUUUCCUGGAGACUGUGGUGAGUGAUGCAAAACGUCUUCUUAAAAAAGAAGAGAUUUUUAGGGAUUCUGAGGGCUCUGAGCAAGCCUACCUACUUUAGCAUGUCAGGGAUGAUAAUGGGAUAAGUGAAGCAGCAAGAUUCCUGAAUUAUUUUCAAUGUUGUGACUUCCUUGAAGCAAUCCUGACUCACUGCCCUCAAGGAGUAUCACAGACAUUUCCAUAAUUCACUCUUGAAUCAACCACCAACUUAAUGACUAUUGACAGUGUGAGCAAUCAGCUCUCAAGAAUCCUUCUUUCAUAUUACCUUUCUUGGGAAAAUGGACAGAAAUCUGGAUUUUUUGCUUAGUGGACAGAAUAAUUCUAUACAUGAUUGUUACUUCAUACCCAGCACUGGUCUUUCUA